CUGAACACCCUCGUUUUUGUUGGUCUUUUUUUUUUCUGAUAAAGUUUUUGCUGGUCUUAUUAGUUUUGAAUACGAAAUACCUACCAAUUACCAUGAAGGAGAAUCACAUUCAAAGCGAGCAGACAAACAAUAAUUUAUCUGAUGUAACAAACAAAAAACUCUCAAACUUCCUCUUUUCGGUAUGCCUCAAAUACGUUAAACUCGGCUACCAUUACCUAAUAUCUAACGCCGUCUACAUCCUCCUCGCUGCAACCUCCUUCAUCUUCAACCUCACUAAUCACACUCCCUUAUACAACCACCUCCUCUCAUCCACUCUCUUCGCCACUGUGCUUAUCUUUCUAACCAUCUACUUCACAACCCGUCCUCGUAAAAUCUUCCUCCUCGAUUUCGCUUGCUACAAACCCGACCCUUCUCUUAUAUGCACUCGAGAAACAUUCAUGGAUCGGUCUCAACGUGCGGGUGUCUUCUCAGAAGCCAACCUCGCUUUCCAACAAAACAUCCUUGAACGUUCCGGUUUAGGGCAGAAGACUUAUGUCCCGGAGGCUCUCUUACGUGUCCCGCCGAAUCCUUCUAUGUCUGAAGCUAGAAAAGAAGCUGAGACGGUUAUGUUUGGAGCUAUAGACGCAGUGCUUGAGAAAACCGGAGUGAAGCCUAAGGAUAUUGGGAUACUUGUGGUGAAUUGUAGCUUGUUUAAUCCCACACCUUCUCUAUCGGCUAUGAUUGUGAAUAAAUAUAAGCUCAGAGAAAACAUUUUGAGCUAUAAUCUUGGUGGUAUGGGUUGUAGUGCUGGUCUUAUCUCCAUUGAUCUCGUUAAACAGCUUCUUCAGGUUCAAGCAAACUCGUAUGCACUAGUAGUGAGCACAGAGAACAUAACCCUAAACUGGUACACAGGCAACGACCGAUCAAUGCUUCUCUCAAACUGCAUUUUCCGAAUGGGCGGCGCCGCCGUUCUCCUCUCUAACCGCUCCUCCGACCGCUGCCUCUCAAAGUAUCAACUACUCCACACUGUCCGCACCCACAAAGGAGCUGACGACAACGCCUUCAACAGCGCUUACCAUCGCGAAGAUAAGAACAACAACAGCAAAAUCGGUGUCUCGCUAUCAAAAGACCUAAUGAAAAUCGCUGGAGAAGCUCUCGAAACGAACAUUACCACUCUUGGACCGUCAGUCCUACCAAUGUCCGAACAACUUCUAUUUUUGGCGACACACGUGUCUCAAAAAUUAUUUAAAAUCAAACCUUAUGUUUAUGAUAUGAAGCUAGCUUUCGAGCAUUUUUGCAUCCACGCAGGAGGAAGAGCAGUGCUCGAUGAGAUUCAGAAGAAUUUGAAUCUUUCCGAAUGGCAGAUGGAGCCUUCGAGGAUGACUUUGAAUAGGUUUGGGAACACUUCGAGUAGCUCGGUUUGGUAUGAGCUUGCUUAUAUUGAAGCUAAAGGGAGGAUUAAGAGAGGAGAUAAGACUUGGCAGAUUGGUUUUGGGUCAGGUUUUAAGUGUAAUAGUGCGGUUUGGAGAGCUUUGAGAAGUAUUGAUCCGUCCAAGGAAAAGACUAAUAAUCCAUGGAUCGAUGAGAUUCAUGAGUUUCCCGUACAGUUAUAG